UCAUGCGACACACCGGUCUCCUGGUUCUCUUGAGCACAAAUGUGGUAGGAGAGGAGUUGCAUGUUAGGUUUAUACGUUCAACGUAAAUGCUCCAACUCCCAGUCUUUCGCUUUCUCUCCGGCCUGCCCAUCGCCCAUUCGAUUUGCUGUGGAAUACCGACACCACGUGCUCCCCCAAUAUUCAAUAAAAUUCAAUUUUUCUCUGAUGCAAGUGAUGAUCAUCCCGUGUACGCAACUAGUGUAACAUCAUGCAACUCCACCACGCUAAUAACCGGAGAAAAAUUAUAUUUUCGUUGAUGAUGUGAUGUGUCAUGUGUCUUAACUAAAAAUUUGACAAGUCCAUUGUAAUUUUGGUAUUUUUCAGUGGCUUGUUAUGUGGAUAUUGUUGUGAUAUGUGCAUUGAAAGUGAUUUCAAUAGAACCGGGGAUUUAUUAAUCGAUGUUUUCUGACACUUAUACACGUGUGCUCAUUUUCAACGAGGAGACAAUCCGACCAGAGGCCAUGAGAUAAAAAAAAAAACAAAUUAGGUUUUCGGGGGACUGAGACACACCUAAACCACGGGACCCUCAUAAAUUAGAAAGAUAGAAAAACAUUGGAAUAACGAAGAGUCAUCACCUUUCAAUUCCCUUGUUUCUCACACGAAAGGAAAAACUCUUUAUGUUGUACCUGUACCGCAGGCGAAAGAGAAAAUAUUGUGAUCAUGUGUUACACCACAAUUCUUUGGAAUUGCAAUUAUCCGCUACAACUUUCCGUAAUUUGGUUAAAUAUGUGAGCUGAAUGUGCCCGAUAACUUACGGAAGAAUCGAUAAUUAGUCAAAAAAAUAAUGGCGAUAUUUAUUGGAACGAUAGUUGCCGCUGCUAAGACCGGAGCUCUUCUAUUGGUCGGCAAAUUAGCUAUUCUUCCAAUACUGAUAGCCGCUAUAGCUUAUUUCAACUAUGACCUGAUGGACCCGGAGAAUCAUCCCCAUGUGACGAAAAAUCUACUUCAGCAGUACGAUUUUAUUGUAAUCGGUGGUGGAAGCGCUGGUAGUGUCAUGGCGAAUAGAUUAACCGAAAUUCCGGAGUGGAAUGUCCUCCUGAUUGAGGCUGGUGGUCAUGAAACUGAGAUAACAGAUGUUCCGAUUCUCUCAUUGUACCUUCACAAGAGUAAAAUUGAUUGGAAAUACCGCACGCAACCGCAAAAAUCAGCGUGUCAAGCAAUGGUCGAUCAGCGAUGCUGUUGGACCCGUGGGAAGGUACUUGGUGGAUCCAGUGUUCUCAAUACUAUGCUUUACAUCAGAGGUAAUCGCCGGGAUUUCGAUCAGUGGGAGAGCUUCGGAAAUCCCGGUUGGAGUUUCGAGGAUGUCCUACCGUAUUUCAAAAAAUCCGAGGAUCAACGGAAUCCCUAUCUUGCACGAGAUAAGCGAUAUCACAAUACAGGUGGUUAUUUGACCAUCCAGGACUCUCCUUACAACACUCCCCUGGGCCCGGCAUUUCUGCAAGCGGGGGAGGAAAUGGGUUAUGACAUAGUGGACGUCAAUGGUGAACAACAGACAGGUUUUGCACUCUGGCAGUAUACGAUGCGUCGUGGUACACGUUGCAGUACAGCGAAGGCCUUCAUCCGUCCAAUAAGACUCCGUCCAAAUUUCCACUUGUCCCUGUGGUCACACGUCACCCGCCUGCUGAUAGAUCCAUCGACAAAGCACACCUACGGAGUUGAAUUCAUCAGAAAUGGUCGCCGAGAGAUAGUGUACGCCUCGAAGGAGGUCAUCCUGUCAGCAGGUGCCAUAAAUUCACCUCAAUUGCUGAUGCUCUCGGGUGUUGGUGAUGCCAGGCAUCUCCAGCAAGUUGGAAUCAAGCCCAUACACGAUUCACCCGGCGUUGGACAAAAUCUUCAGGAUCACAUAGCCGUUGGAGGUGUUGCUUUCCUAAUCGAUUAUCCAAUAAGCAUAGUGAUGAAUCGCCUCGUCAAUGUCAAUUCCGCCCUUCGAUACGCAAUCACCGAGGACGGACCACUCACUUCUAGCGUUGGCCUCGAGGCAGUCGCUUUUAUCUCCACCAAAUAUGCUAAUCAAACAGACGAUUGGCCUGACAUAGAAUUCAUGUUAACGUCAUCGUCCACGUGCUCUGAUGGAGGUACACAGGUGAAAAAUGCCCACGGUCUAUCAGAUGACUUUUACAAUGAGGUAUUCGGUGAGAUCAAUAAUCGGGAUGUAUUUGGUAUAUUUCCCAUGAUGUUGAGACCACAGUCACGGGGUUUCAUAAAACUGCGAACGAAAAAUCCCCUGGAUUAUCCAUUACUCUAUCACAAUUAUCUGACCCACAAGGCCGAUGUAGAUGUACUCAGGGAAGGGGUCAAGGCUGCUGUGGCUUUCGGUCAAACAGCCACCAUGAGACGAUUUGGUGCUAGAUUUCACAGCAAACCACCACCAAAUUGCAAACAUCUGCCACUUUUUACUGAUGAUUAUUGGAAUUGUUUCAUCAGACAGUACACAAUGACUAUUUAUCACAUGAGUGGAACAACCAAAAUGGGCCCACCAACUGAUCCAAUGGCCGUUGUCGAUCCAGAAUUGAGGGUUUAUGGGGUCAGUGGACUCAGAGUUAUUGAUGCAUCGAUUAUGCCUACUAUCACUAAUGGAAAUAUCAAUGCAGCUGUCAUCAUGAUUGCGGAGAAGGGGGCGGAUUUGGUUAAGGCCCAGUGGUUGAGAAGAUGGAAGAGAGAUAAUGGAACGAUUAAUCCUAGAUGAUUUUUUAUUGUGAAUAUGAUUGACGAGAAUGAGAUAAAUAUCGUAGACAAAUGCAUUAAGAGGCUUCAUUGGGAAUUUAGUUGGUGUUUUCUUGAUUUAAAAAAAAAAAACGAAACAAACCAAUGAAAAUUUUCAUUGAGUUUUGAUAUUUUUUUUUUGUAAAUUUUUAUUGAAAUUUCUUUUGAAAUUUGUAAUGUUUAAGUGAAUGAAAUUGUAUAGAGAAAAAGUUUAGAGAAGUUGACACUCAUGACUUUAGUUUAAUACGUAAUAAUUUUCUAUUGAUUUUUUUUAUAAAAACAAAAAACACAAAAAAAAAACGAAUAGAAUUUCUUAUUGAACUCUUUCAUCCAUGGUGAAAUUUCAUCGUGACAUGAUUCCGACAGUGCCAAUGGACUUCAUGAGGCAUUACCUAAACGUUUAUAAAUUAAUUUCUAAAUAUUGUUCUACGUCAGAGAUUUAAUUCCGAUAAAAUUGAUUAAAUUGACGGGAGGCAUUUAUUCAGAUAUGAUUCAGAGAAUAUACUCUCGAUGAGAGAUAAAUAAAAAUACCACUUUGAAGUCAUCAAACCGGAAACAGUCGACAUUCAUUAAUUCAAAAGAGAAGGAGAAAUCCUAUGAACUCACUGCAUUCCGUAAUAAUUCAUUAGAGAAAUUCCCGUAUCGAUUAAUAUCGUCCAGGUUGGCUUCAGGUAUCGGUGAAGUGGUUUAGAAAUUGGCGGAAAAAAUACUAUAGUGUAAUACUUGAGAGAAAAUUUGUAAUCGCAUUUUGUUAUUUAAUACUCUCAUGAGACGAAGGAUGGAAUGAGUACAAAAUGUAGUUUAACGCAGGAAGAGAAAUAUUCAGUAAAAAUAACGGUAUCAUUCACGUAACUCGCGAUAAGAAAUCAUUUUCUCAUUUUUGAAUGAAUGGAACAGAAGAAAAUUGUCAUUCAAUUCAUUUUUACAUCUCCCUCCUCUUUCCGGUAUUGAAUUUCGAAACGUCAUUUUCACGUUUUUUAUGGCGAUUUUAUUGAAUGUUUCUCUCGAUGGGUGCGAAGGGGAUAGAUUAAAUAAUCGCUUCGAUUUGUGAGAAAUGAGGGGAUCAACAAGCGGAGCGCAAUUGCUCAAUGAAACCAAGUAAAUAGGUAAGGACAUUUAUUUUGAUUAUUCAUGUAGUGGAACUAAUUCUGUCAGUGUUUUCCUACACUUGCCACAUACCUCCUAUACCAACAGCAAAAUUUCUCAAUGAGUUGAUGACACUGAUAUACAUGUAUGAAUCGAUUGACAAUAUUUUAUGGUGUAUUCGUUCACCAAUUGUGACAGUUUACCGUAACUAUUGCACAAUGUUCUGUUGUAAAUAUAAGGAAAAUUGGGUGUUAAUAAAUGCGAGGUGAAAGAUGAAUGAAGGCGUCUUGUUUGUCCUUUUGAAAUAAAUAUAUCCCAUGUGAUUAAUUUUACGUACGUCUAACUACAGUCGUUCUGGACACCACACGAUCCACAAAAGAAAGUUCAUUCUUCCGAGAGAUGAAUUACGUAAGGAGAAGGCAUGCUAAAUCAAAAUUUUGAUCCUUCUAACACAUCAGGAUUGAGAUAUCUCGUUAGUUCCAAUUAUCUGGGACAUUUUUGUUACUUAAUUCUCUCAGAAAAAUCCCAUGACAGGUUUGUAAAAUAUUCUACAACCGCUCAUUUCCCUCUGGGAGUAGGGAAGCCACCAUUUUUAUGGAAUAUUGCUCUCUAAUGUGUCGGUCCAUUCCAUGGGGUCUAAAUGAUUUAAUUAGACGAUUGUAUCGUUUGAUUUUGUAGAUAAACAUAUAGACAGUUGUGUAUGGGGUAGGUCAAGGAGAAAGAAAACUGUUGUAUUCUAGAAUUGUAUUCAGAAUUUGUUGUA